ACGGAGCGGGCCGCAGCCGGACUUAGAUAUCGCUGCUGCAUUCAUCCGUGCAAAAAUUCCGAAGAUACUCGCGUAUAGGAAAUGUCCCGUACCCAUCGGUUAAUUAUGACGUGGGUACGCAGAAGAGAACACCGUGUUAUCUGUUCGCAGUUAUAAGUAUAGCCGUGUGAUUCCAGUGAGUGAAGCGAAGGAGUGUGUCGCAGUGCGUUUGUCGCACGCGUGUUCGCGACAAUCUCCGUGUGUGCGCGCCAAGUGAAUUCGCUCGUGACGAAUUAAAUGACGAUUCGAUUCCGGUACGCGGGAACAACGACUGAGUGCCGUCGUCGCGUCGAGAGUUGCUGCUGCUGAUGAUGUUGGUUUAGUGAUAAUCGCGUGCGUACGUGCCACUGAUCGCGUUGUGACUCGUCAAACAUUUCCACCGCUUUCUCAUCAGUCAAAGCCACUGUCAUUCACGGUGUGUGUGUCUGUGUGUGUGUGUACCUACCGGGAACAUUGUUACAUCGACGUCUAUUUGCUCAAGUUGUGUGAUGUCGAUUUCGUGACACACUUUCCGCCUAUUUGAAAGCAAGGCCGCAGCGAUUGCGCUCGCUUAAAUACGCGAAAUAACAGACGCACGUUCGCACAACACAUUACAGCGCGGCUCAAAACUGGAGCGAAUUACCUAAUUGGUGAUAGUCGUGACGAACGUUUGUGGAGCUGCGACAGAUGAAACGCCAUCGAGUGGUGGACUCCAUGCGUUUACACGAGAGCUGAUGCUGAUAGAAAUAUGGCGUUUCCACUUCUCAGGAUGUUAUCUGUGAUAUUUGCGAUCAGUGCAUCGCCUGGCACUGUAAAAGGAAUGAGCAUGUCUCACUGGCAGCGCUAUGAUGGAUGGUACAAUAACCUAGUUCAUCCUUCGUGGGGAUCAACCGGUUCUACGUUUGUGAGGAAGACACCCGUGUCGUUCGCGGACGGCGUGUAUAAGCUGGCUGGGGAGAACCGUCCCAACGCUCGAGCAGUCAGCGAGCUGCUGUUCAAAGGCGAAGACGGGUUACCCUCGCAGCUCAACCGCACGACGAUGCUGGCAUUUUUCGGACAAGUUGUCGCGUAUGAGAUGUUACUCGGCACGGAGAUGACCUGUCCCAUAGAGAUGCACGAGGUUGACAUGGUGACGUGCACCGCAGCAGAUAACUGCAAAUCGACGGGUCUAUCGAUGCCUUUUCACAGAGUCAAGUACAAACACGAAACGGGUGAAUCAGUGAACAACCCGCGAACGCAGCUAAACUUGGUUACCAGCUGGAUCGAUGCGAGCUUUGUGUACAACACCAAGGAAUCGAUAGCGUCCAGCCUUCGCUCGUUUGAGAACGGAACGUUUUUGUCGAUGAUGGACGGAAAAUACCCUGCCUACAACAACAUCGGCAUCCCCACGUAUAACCAUUACGCUCCGCACCUCCACCACAGCAUGCCGAUACAAGAGACGUACCGUCUCGAGCGAUCCACGCGUAAAUCAGGCAUGCCCAGCCUAUGCUGGCGUUCGCGGGCCUAUUCUUCGCGCCUACCACAAAUGUCGUCGCCCGCGAGAACUGGCUGAAGGAAAAUCGGCAGC